GUGGGAGGGUUAGGAGUUCCUGAGGUCGUUCUGGACUUCAUGAGACCCUGUCUCAAAAGCAAACAGGCCGGGUGCUGAGGUUGAGUACCUGCACUUGGCAGGCUGAUCUGAGUUUGAGGCCAGACUGCUCUACAGACUGAGCUCUAGGCCAGCCAGAGUGGCAUAGUGAGAAUCUGUUUCAAAAUCAAAGAUUUUGGACUUAAUUUUAAAAUCAUUAUCUUUAUCUUACGGGUGUGGGUGUUUUCCUGCAUGCGUGUCUAUGCACAUGUGUGCCUGGUGCCCACUGAAGCCAGAAGAGGACACUGGGUUCCCCUGGGACUGAAGGUGCACACAGAUGUGACGCGCAUGUGAGUGCUGGAAACCGAGCCCAGACCCUCCAGGAGGAGCAGCCAGUGCUCUCAGCCACUGAAGCGUUUCUCUGGCCCUGCUUCUGGCUUCCUAUGUGCCGUAUAUAAACAGCUGGAGUGGGGGUUGUGUGUUACUCCUGCCUGCCCCACAGCCUUCGGAUGUUCCGUCUGGGAUGGGGUGCCGGUGUACUUUACUCUGUCAGAGCUGUUCCAGGGUGACUCUGGGGACAAAACAACCCAGCUGAAGUAACACAAGACUAUGUGCACCCAGAGGUCCUGUCUCCACAUUCUCUUCAGAAGACAGAAAAGAAGGUUUCACUCAAAAAUGCCUAAGAGGGGACCCGGUGUGCUGACCAAAGACACAAGGAUGGCUUUCCCAGCAUCUUCCGGGCAUUUCAUCCCCCACUCCACCCCAAGGCAGGGCCAGCACCCCCAUGUCACGGAUCAGGGAACUGAACUUCCCUGGGGUGGAGUCUCCCGCCUCACGUCACCUGGGUAGGAAGAGGCAGAGCCCGUAGGGUUUGAGGCCACGGUUGGCUGCCGGCAGAGCCUGGGCCUACUCCGCCUUGUCCCACAUCUGGUUAGGGAAGAGAGGAGAGGAAGGCCCGGGGAAGAAAGAUCUGAAUGAAAACAUAAACUGAGAGAAGCAAGGCUUUGAACCUGAGGCUAUCCGAUGAGGAGGCCCGGGAGGCUGAAGAGUGACUGGAAAUUAUCUACAGUACCCAGCCUUCCUCCUUGUCCCCAGGGGAACCUGGAGUCCGCCCUGCUCUACUCCAGGCCAUGGUGAUUCUACGAUUCAUCGCACUUGCUCUGGUGACAGGGCUUGUAGGGGGAGAGACAAGGAUCAUCAAGGGUUACGAGUGCACCCCUCAUUCCCAGCCAUGGCAGGUGGCCCUCUUUCAGAAGACUCGGCUUCUCUGUGGGGCAACCCUCAUCGCCCCCAAAUGGCUCCUGACAGCAGCCCACUGCCGCAAGCCCCAUUACGUGAUUCUUCUUGGAGAGCACAAUCUGGAGAAGACAGAUGGUUACGAGCAGAAGCGGGUGGCCACUGAGUCCUUCCCCCACCCUGGCUUUAACAACAGCCUCCCCAACAAAGACCACCGGAACGACAUCAUGUUGGUGAAGAUGUCGUCUCCCGCCAUCAUUACCCGAGCUGUGCGACCACUCACCCUGUCCUCCCACUGCGUCGCUGCGGGCACCAGCUGCCUCAUUUCCGGAUGGGGCACCACGUCCAGCCCCCAGUUGCGCCUGCCUCACUCCUUGCGAUGUGCCAAUGUCUCCAUCAUUGAACACAGGGAGUGUGAGAGCGCCUACCCGGGCAACAUCACAGAAACCAUGCUGUGUGCCAGUGUUCGGAAAGAGGGCAAAGACUCCUGCCAGGGUGACUCUGGAGGCCCUCUAGUCUGUAAUGGAUCUCUUCAAGGCAUCAUCUCCUGGGGUCAGGACCCAUGUGCAGUCACCAGAAAGCCUGGUGUCUAUACAAAAGUCUGCAAAUAUACUGACUGGAUCCACGAGAUUAUGAAAAACAACUAGAGGGGACCUGCUUGUCACUACCCAACCCCUCCAACCUCUUCUUGACGCUUUGGCUUCUGUCCAUGCUUCCUUAAGAACCCUCUGCUAGGACCCUUGCAUGCACUCUCUCUCACCCACCAUGGAUAGGGGAUGCUUUGACCUGGAUCAACUUGGGGCUUAGAACAAAUCCUAGCUUGACCUAAGUUGUGACUCUGGACACCACUGGCUUUGUUUGUUUGGUUUUUGUUGUUUUGUCCCCAGCCCUGAAGACGGUCCCUGGUGUAUUCAGGGUUUCAAUAAAUAUUUGUUAAAUGACAAAAA